CGCACACAUUUCCCUCACCGCUCCAAGAAUUUCGCGGAGUCUCAAGCGCCCAUUGAGAAAAGGAAAACUCCGAGGAAUCCCCGCCCCCAGGAGGGAGGGGCCGGAGUGGGCGUGGUCUUGUCGCGCCAUCUCGCCCCGCCCUUCCUUCCCCAUUGGCUGCUCCCAUUCCCCCUCCCUCUACGCGGUCCUCCAGCAUCCCAGAAUGCCGCCGUUCCCGGAAGUGGCGCGCUUUCCCUCAAGCGAGAAGAGAGAGGAAGAGAGGAGGCGGGUGACUAGUCGAGCGUCGCGGGGCAGGCCGGGAUGGAGGAGGACGAGCUGGACUUGGCCGACGAGCUGGAGGCCGCCCUGCAGCUGGCGCCGGAGGUGCAGCUGGCCAUCGAGCAGGUGAGGGAGAACCGGGUGGGAGACGGGGAGGAAGAGGGGGCGGCGCUGUGCAUGCUAAUAUGGGGGUUCGUGGUAGGCGGGGCUCCCGUAGUCCCUCAGCGAUUGGGCGGAGUGUAAGGAGGCGGGGCUAUGUAUGCUAAUAUUGGGUUCCGUGGUGGGAGGAGGCUCCUGUAUCUCCAAAGCGAUUGGGUGAAGUGUGAGUAAGGGGCGGAGCUUUGUAUGCUAAUAUGGGGGUUCUGUGUGCGGGGAGGGGCUGUAGGGAGUGGGGGGCUGCCUUAAAUUGAGGGGGGUCUAUUUGGGUGUCUUUGAGGAGAGGGACGUUGUGGGGGUGCUGCUUAUUUUGGGGGGGUCGUGAUGUUUUUUCUUCUGUAUUGAAUUUUUCCAUACUUACCUUCGUUGUAAGCGAUCGUUUACAUCUGUAUUUUAAACCAAUAAAGAUUUAUCAUGAAAAAAAAUAUUUUGGGGAGGGGGGUCAAGUGCUGGUUGAAUGGCAGGCUGCUGGAUAGGAGACCCCCUGUCCAUAGGGCAGCAGUUUCUUAUUUAUUUGCUGCAUUUAUAUCCCACCCUUUUUAUAUAUUGUGCUCAAGGUGAUGUACAAUAGUAUUGUUGUUUAGUCGUGUCCGCCCCUUCGUGACCCCCUGGACCAGAGCACGCCAGGCACUCCUGUCUUCCACUGCCACCCGCAGUUUGGUCAAACUGUCCAACCAUCUCGUCCUCUGGCGUCCUCUUCUCCUUGUGCCCUCCAUCAUUCCCAACAUCAGGGUCUUUUCCAGGGAGUCUUCUCUUCUCAUGAGGUGGCCAAAGUCUUGGAGCCUCAGCUUCAGGAUCUGUCCUUCCAGUGAGCACUCAGGGCUGAUUUCCUUCAGAACGGAGAGGUUUGAUCUUCUUGCAGUCCAUGGGACUCUCAAGAGUCUCCUCCAGCACCAGAAUUCAAAAGCAUCCAUUCUUCGGCGAUCAGCCUUCUUUAUGGUCCAGCUUUCACUUCCAUACAUCACUACUGGGAAAACCAUAGCUCUAACUAUAUGGACCUUUGUCGGCAAGGUGAUGUCUCUGCUUUUUAAGAUGCUGUCUAGGUUUGUCAUUGUGUACAUUAGUAUUGUGAUUAUUUAUUAAAUUGUGGCUCAGGGAGCAACUGGGUUGUGUGUACAGUGGUACCUCUGUAUACGAACGGGAUCUGUUCUGGAGCCCCGUUCGCGUCCAGAAGCAAACGUAACUAGCAACGGCACGUCUGCGCACGCGCAUGUCGCUUUUCACCACUUCUGCACAUGCGCGUGACAUCAUUUUGAGCAUCUGUGCAUGGGCAAGCAGUGAAACCCGGAAGUAAUGCGCUCCGUUACUUCCGGCUUGCCGCAGAGCACAACUCGAACGCAUUCAACCUGAGGUAUGACUGUACAGUGGUACCUCGGGUUACAGACACUUUGUAUGUGUUUAGAGCAGGGGAGGGGAGAGAGUUUGCCAUGGGCAUGACAUGCAUGCAUCCAGAGAAUUCAGUUUGCAAAUGUGCCCCCAAAGGUUGACUUCUCCCCCCCCCACAGUUGACGCAAUGUUUGCAGAGUGAAGGAUUUAAAUGCCAAGGGAGGUCAGUGUGGCCUGGCUGCGUUUACUUGGUCAGAUAAAGAGCAGGAAUCGGAAUGCGUUUAAGGACAGUUCCCCAUUAAAACAGACAGAACCUGCUUGGGGUCUUAGUCUGGUGGUAACAGUAGCAUAUAAAUAAGGGGAAACAAGCAAGAUGCACCACACAACUCAUACCAUUCAAAACAAACGCGUAGUGAUUCAAGAUUAGGGGGACAGGAGGACACUAGGAUUGGAAGCAGAUAGUGGGAACGUGUUUGCAUGAUGCGGGAGUCAGUAAGGUGAGGCUGAGCUGGAUUGGAGAAGAUUUUGCUGGUGAAGCAGAACUUGGGAAGGAUGGAGGGAGAGGUAGGGGAGCCUGAAGGAGCCUCUGUGCAGGCCAGGGUGGGAUCCUGACCCCUGUCUUCCAGCCUCUCUCCAUAACCAAGGAAGGAAUGUGAUCUGUAUCCCACAAACCACUGCACAGCCUCUCUGUUUUUACCAUGCUGCUGGACAUUUGCUGUUUUUGGCACAGCGUGUGUGUUGCUGUGUUCCUUUUCGUCUUUUCUUUGAAUUGUUACGGUUUGAGGUUUUUAUUGUUGGUUUUAAUGUAAGUCACAAGUCACAUUUCAUUCAUUCAUUCAUUUAUAAUCCCACCUUUUUCUCCAAGGAGCUCAAGGUUCUCUCUCCCUCUCUCUUAUUUAAUCCCCACAAAAAAUGCUGUGAGGUAGGUUAGGCUGAGAGGCAGUAUGACUUGCCCAGGGUCACCCAGUGAGGCCCACGGCCAAGCGGGAAUUUGAACUCCAGUGUCUCCCAGGUCAUAUUCCAACACUCCAUGCCGUACAGGCUCUUUUGUAAGAAAAACAACUAACACAUACAAUUAAUAAUAGUCACUUCCGUUCUUUUUCUUGACCCCUAGGUGUUUCCAAGUCAAGAUCCAUUGGACCGAGCUGACUUCAACGCUGUGGAGUACAUCAACACGCUUUUCCCAACCGAGCAAGUGAGUUGCGUCUUCUGCGCAUGACAACACAAUUGUGAAAAACAGUUUCUUCUUUUACCCUGUUUUUCUGCUGGUAGAUUCAUAAGAGAGUCACAAAAGAAUAGUAAAACGUUGGAGAGUUUCCCUUGCCUCCUAACAGGGGCGAUCAAGUUCUGGGGUCCAACGAUGGUUUAUCCAUUGCCUUCUAAAUAUCUUUAUCGAGGGAAUUUCUGCAAAAGACAAAUAAAAGCUGCUGAAAACACAAAAGCAGCAAAUACAGUUAAGGCAAGACUAAAAGACUGCAGCUGCCAUCAUAUCCAGCCAGCUUAGCCUGUGGCAAGGGAUGAUGGGAGUUGUAGUCCAACAGUAUCUGGGAAGCCAGGGUUGACGAAUGAUGGUCUGAGGGAGAGAGCCUGCUUUUGAGCUCUGUGGCUUGUCUCAUUUUGCUGUGUCUUGUAUGUCCACUAGAGGCCACCAUUCUUCUUCUGUUAAGCAAGAUCAGAACCUAGGAGGCUGCCUUAUAGUGAGUCUGGGCGGCUUCCACCAUAUAUAAAACAUAAUAAAACAUGAAACAUUUAAAAACUUCCAUAUACAAGGCUGCCUUCUUCUAAAGGUUGUAUAGUUGCUUAUCUUCUUGACUCAGAGGAUGUCCAUACCCUCCAACAUUUCUCUGAUGAAAAUAGGGACGUCCUAAGGAAAAGUUAGGUGACGCGGGUGGCACUGUGGGUUAAACCACAAAGCCUAGGACUUGCCGAUCAGAAGGUCGGCGGUUCGAAUCCCCGUGAUGGGGUGAGCUCCCGUUGCUCGGUCCCUGCUCCUACCAACCUAGCAGUUCGAAAGCACGUCAAAAUGCAAGUAGAUAAAUAGGUACCGCUCCGGCGGGAAGUUAAACGGCGUUUCCGUGCACUGCUUUGGUUCGCCAGAAGCGGCUUAGUCAUGCUGGCCACAUGACCCGGAAGCUGUACGCCGGCUCCCUCGGCCAAUAAAGCGAGAUGAGCGCCACAACCCCAGAGACAGCCAUGACUGGACCUAAUGGUCAGGGGUCCCUUUACCUUUAAGGAAAAGUAGGACAUUCCGGGGUCAAAUCAGAUCCCGGCUUCUGUAAAUCCGGGACUGUCCCUGGAAAAUAGGGACACUUGGAAGAAGAAGAAGAAGAGUUUGGAUUUGAUAUCCCUCUUUAUCACUACCCAAAGGAGUCUCAAAGCGGCUAACAUUCUCUUUUCCCUUCCUCCCCCACAACAAACACUCUGUGAGGUGAGUGGGGCUGAGAGACUUCAGAGAAGUGUGACUGACCCAAGGUCACCCAGCAGCUGCAUGUGGAGGAGCGGAGACGCGAACCCGGUUCACCAGAUUACGAGUCCACCGCUCUUAACCACUAUACCACACUGCAUCUCAGUUGAAGUUGGAGGGUUUGCCAACAGGAAACAUGCUCUUCUCGGCAUGAGGGCCAAAUCCCCAUUCUGUUGACAUUGCAUAUACAGCUAAAUAACUGACCCCCCCCUUCUCUCCUCUUUCUUUGACAGUCUUUGGCAAACAUUGAUGAUGUGGUGAACAAGAUCAAGCUGAAAAUAAGGUAAGCAGGGCAAUUAAAAAAAUUAUUAUCAAUGGGGCUGGGGUGGUAAAAGCUGCUGUUUCUUUAGGGAAGGGGCUCAGCGUCUUUGUCCCAACUUAACCCCCGCCAGCCUGCUGGAGGCUCCAUGCCAGCAGUGGCAAUAGCACCCUGGGUGCAUGCAGACACAUUGGAAAUGGCACAUCUGAAAAACACGGAGAAGAUAAAAGGCACACAGCCUCUUGCCUCAGGAAAGGGGAGUGGUUGCUUCCUUCUGACUCGUGGAGUGAUUGCUGCGAUGACAGAGGAGCUGGCUCCUCCGGAACGCGGCGAGCUUGCUUCAAUUCAGAAGUGUAGCUAUUUUUUAUUUAAACCACUUACUUAUUCAAGUAAGCUCUGUGUGAAAAUCCGACCUGGAAAACUGCGAAAUGGUAUAAAAGCUUGUGAAUGUAAAUUGUGGCCAACUCCUGAAAUGCGGGAAUUGCAGCGAAUGUGGAACUGUCAUAUUGGAACCCUUCCUGGAACCUUGUCGCAAAGAGUGUCUAAGAAGUCGAAUAAAUAUUAUUAAUAAGGAAUAAUAAUAAUAAUAAUAAAUUUUAUUUAUAUCCCGCCCUCCCCAGCCGAAGCUGGGCUCAGGGCGGCUAACAACAAUCAAAAUAAUCCAACAUUCUAAAAACCUUUCAUUAUAAAAAUUAAUUAAAAUCAAAUUGAUGGCAACCAUUAAGCAAAAUUCUGUGCAGAUUGCCAGAGGAGGGGGUCAGGCUGCACCCUGACCAAAGGCCUGGUGGAACAGCUCUGUCUUGCAGACCCUGCGGAAAGAUGUCAGGUCCCGCAGGGCCCUAGUCUCUUGGGACAGAGCGUUCCACCAGAUUGGAGCCGCGGCCGAGAAAGCCGUGGCUCUAGUUGAGGCCAGCCUAACCUCUCUGUGGCCUGGGAUCUUCAGGAUGUUUUUAUUUGCAGACCGGUAUUUUAUUUGAAUACCGAGGUUCCAGUAAAUCAGUAAUUUAAAAACAGGAAUCCAGUAAUAACCAGGCUCAUUCCUGCUGGCCAGGGAAGUUAUUUCCGGGGGGGUGUGUGUGUUCAAGAAACUUUACCCAGAGUAGACCUUUUGAAAUCAAUGCAAUUAACUUAGAAAUGUUCGUUAAUUUCAAUGGAUCUGUAACUGCCCUGUGUCUUUUCAAGAACAUAGGAAGACUGCCUUGGACUGAGUUAGACUAAGGUUACCAGAUUUUUUCCAAAGAAUCUGGGGACACUUUUUUUUUUUUGAAAAGAGAAAAAAAAGUUAUUUUUAAAAGUUUUUAAAAAAUAAAUAAAAAAGAAGUAAUAUCUUUUCUUCUGCGGGCAGUUGGCUACUUGGCUGGGCGCUCUUCCUCUUGGAUCAGUGGUUUCCCCCAGUUGACGUGCCAGGCGUCCCUGGUUCCCCCUUGGCAGCAACAGUCUCAGCAGCCCAGAACCAGCCUGGUAGCGCAGUUGGCUCUGGCUGGCAUCAGGAGCUGCUUGCUGCUGUGGCGCCCGCCAUUUUGCCUCGACGGAAGUCCCCAUAUGAUGUGUCUAGUGCUGUUGAACCGAUCAUACAACAUUCAUUCCCUACUAAUAAUUCUAUAACACUUAAAAUAUACAUCCGGGGACGGAUUUUGUCCGGGGAGAGAUUUGUGAAUCCGGGGACUGUCCCCGGGAAAUGGGGACACCUGGUAACCAUAAGUUAGACCUUUGCUUGGUCCACGCUGCUGGGCAGCAGUGGCUCUCCAGGGUUUCCAGGCAGGGAAUAUCUCUCCCAGCCCACCUAGAUAUACUGGUGAUUGACCUGGGGACCUUCUGCCUGCUGAGCAGAAGCUCUACCUCUUUUGUUGUCAGUCUGGCUGCCUGCUUGCUUGCUGUCUGCAUGUCUGCCUGGGUCUAGCAGUCUCCCCCUUCCCUGCUCCCUGCCUCCGGGAAGUUCUCACGCAGGUCGCGAUUGCAGACAGACACCCGGAGGCAAAUGCAAUCUCCUCCUUUCUGAGAUCGCUGUCGGGAAAAGGAGCAAAACUUAAGCAAGGUUUGCAUCUUAGAGCCGGUGUGUUGUAGUGGCUGGAGUAUCGGACUCGGACAUUCCUGGGAGUUGUUGUUUAGUCGUUUAGUUGUGUCCGACUCUUCGUGACCCCCUGGACCAGAGCAUGCCAGGCACUCCUGUCUUCCACUGCCUCCUGCAGUUUGGUCUUGUCUUUGUCCAUGGAGUUUUCUUGGCAGGGAAACUGGAGUGGCUUGCCGGUUCCUGCUCCAGGUGGAUCACGUUUGGUCAAAACUCUCCACUAUGACCUGUCCAUCUUGGGUGGCCCUGCACGGCAUAGCUCAUAGCUUCUCUGAGUUAUUCAACCCCCUUCGCCACGGCAAGGCAGUGAUACAUGAAGGGGAUUCCUGGGAGACCAGGGUUCAAAUCCCCACUCAGUCAUUAAGCUCGCUGGGUCACCUUGGGCUACUCGUCAUUUCUUGGCCUAACCUACCCCGCAGGGUUGCUGUUUGGAUGAGAUAAGGUGGCGGAAAACUGUGUGUGCCGCCUUGAGGUGGGAUAAAAGUGCAAUAAAUCAAAUUAUACAGGAGUGGGGUUUCUUUUAACUCUCCGUGGGACUGGUAUACAGUGCUGGAAUAUUUGUUUUUAGAAUAUUGAAAGAGCAUGGUUUUCCCUUCGCUAAAAUGGUCUCUUGAACAAACUGUAAAAAAAGAAAAGAAAUCUGAUGCUGAACAUCAACCUUCGUGCGGUCUCCUUCUUUCUUUCUUCCCCUUUGCAGGCGUUUGGAUGAUAACAUCCGGACUGUGGUGAGAGGUCAGACAAACGUCGGGCAGGAUGGCCGCGAGGUACGAGUUUAUUAAAUUUCUCGCAGCUGAAUCUAUCCAGGGACCUUUCCGGAGAGAUGCAAGGAAUGGCAUUUAGACAGCAGAACAGUCUCCUUCGGGAGGUGAUAGACUCUCCUUCCUUGGAGAUUUUUAAACAGAGGGUGGGUGGCCGUCUGUCAUGUGUGAUCUAGUUGAGAUUCCUGCAUUGCAGGGGGUUGAACUAGAUGACCCCCGGGUUCCCUUCCAACUCUACCAUUCCGUGAUUCUCUAGGUUCCCCCAGCCCUGUACUGAGGACUAGAAACCUGCAAGGGUUGUUGGCCCCAUGUUUCAAGAUAAUAAUAAUAAUAAUAAUAAUGAUAUUUUUUAUUUAUACCCCGCGAGAGCCAGGCUCAGGUUGGCUAACACCAGUAAAAUUACAAUAAAAACAUAAUAGGGGAAAGAAACAACAACAAAAAAACAAUUUAAAAUACAGGUUAAAAUGCCAUUUAAAAUGCAGCCUCAUUUUAAAAGUAGCCCAUGGAUCAAAACCAUAAAGGGAGGGAAAACAUAAGGGUCAGACUGAGUCCAAACCAAAGGCCAGGCGGAACAGCUUUGUCUUGCAGGCCCUGCGGAAAGAUGUCAAGUCCCGCAGGGCUCUAGUCUCUUGUGACAGAGCGUUCCACCAAGUCGGGGCCAGAACUGAAAAGGCCCUGGCCCAGUUGAGACCAAUCUAACCACCUUGCGACUUGGGACCUCCAAAGUGUUGUCAUUUGUGGACCUUAAGGUCCUCCGCGGGGCAUACCAGGAGAGGCGGUCCCGUAGGUACGUGGGUCCUAGGCCGCAUAGGGCUUUAAAGGUCAAAACCAGCACCUUAUACCUGAGCUCUACCGGGAGCCAGUGCAGUUGGGGUUCAAGGUGGUUUCCAGCUCUUGGCAAGCUGAUCUGGGCUGGGUACCCACCUUAACUCUGCGAAGGUUUCCUUAUUAUAAAAAAUAAUAGCAUGUUGAUGUGUGUGUGUCCCGUCCCGUCCCCCCCCCCCCCGAAAAUGAGCAAGUGUACCUGAAUAUGUGGUACCUUUAAGAAUUGGGUCUGGAUAUAAGAGAGAGUGGGGCAUACAGGAUCAUCUAUUUCCAGUGAUAAAAAAAUCCCUUUGUGGGUUCAAUCCCCACGUUGGGCCAAAGAUUCCUGCGUUGCAGAGGGUUGGACUGGAGGACCCCUGGAAUCCCUCCCAAUUCCAUGAUUAUAUGAUUUUUGCCCCUUGUCACUUCUGAGGAGAUGGCUGCUGGUUCCUUCGUUGUUAAUAUUUGGCUGCACUGGAAAUGUUUAUUGCAUCUGACUCUGAUUUAUAUAUUUUAGCCAGCUGGUACCACUUGGUGUGUCUUAAUUUAUUUCAGAACGGAAUUAAAAUGCUUUAAUGUGCGUGCAGUGGUACCUCGGGUUACAUACGCUUCAGGUUACAGACGCUUCAGGUUACAGACUCUGCUAACCCAGAAAUAGUGCUUCAGGUUAAGAACUUUGCUUCAGGAUGAGAACAGAAAUCAUGCUCCGGCGGCAGGAGCAGGAGGCCCCAUUAACUGAAGUGGUGCUUCAGGUUAAGAACAGUUUCAGCUUAAGAAUGGACCUCUGGAACGAAUUAAGUACUUAACCCGAGGUACCACUGUAUUCUGUAGCGUUUCCACUUCUAACUGUGGAGGCAGCGCAUAGCCAUCAUGCCCCAUCUGGUGCCCAUUCCUGCCUCAUGUGGAGGAGAGUUCCACAGAUUAACAAUGUGCUGCGUGAUUAAGUCCUUUUCUGAGAUUGUGCCUUGCAGGUUGAAAUAGAAAAAGCAAGUGUGAGCGAUGCGCGUGGCCACACAAUCUCACUUCUGCGAUUUUUUCCUGCCACAAAAGCUCCGUUGAACUGGCAGCUGUUUUUGGAACUACAAAGCUGGCAGGAAUCUCAGGAAUUUCCCGGCUCCAGCAGUUAAUAGGUCAGAGCGUAGGGAAAGCAGAGCAGGUCGUAUUACACAGGAAAAGCCUCUUGAAUGGCAUUUUGGUCCGCAGUGGGUUCCCCCCUCCCUUCUUUUUCCUCCCACCCCAAAGAAGCCAGACGAAAAAGGAAAACCCUGGCAAAAUAAUUUCUCCUCCUGAGCUGCUCUUUCCCCAGGGAGGUGGAAGGAGAGAAGAGAUUGUCUGUCUGUGAUAAUAGCCUAAUUAAUAAUGGCUUGUAGGGCUGAAAGCUCCCCCCUCCCCAAAUCAUGUUCUGGCCUGCUUUCCUCCCCCUCCCACCCUUUCGAAAUGAAGGGAACCUUUGUUCAACACUAAAAAUGUAUGGCGCUUCAGAUUUUUUUUUUUUUAAAAGGAAAAGAGGCUUAUGUGUCCUCAACCACACUACUCCUCAGUUCACCCUCUUUUUCAGAAUAAUAGAAUUGCAGAGUUGUUAGGGACCCUGCGGGUCAUCUAGUCCAACCCCCUGCAAUGCAGGAAUCUUGACCCAGUUUGGGGCUCGAACCCACAACCCGGAGAUUUAAGAGUCUCAUGCUUCACUGACUGAGCCAUCCCAGCAGUUGAUGCACUGUGAUGCUGCUACAGGCUGCACUGAUGGCCACCCAAUCGGAUGGUUCAGUUUCAGGGACUGGGCACAUUCACAUCCAUACUUGCCUCUGCGAACCACACAAGGAGGAUUCAAGAGAGGGUCUUUCCAUCACUUUUUGAGAAAAAUGGACACCCCAAUGACAAAUCUCAGGAUCUUUUCUUUCCAUGCAGAGCAGAUGUUGUGAUUGCUGAGCUACAAUCCCCCUUCCAAAAUUUGGGAUGUGCAAUCGGUUUUUGUGUACAAACUGACAGGAAAAUAGAUAUAGAUAAAUAUAAACCGUAUCUUUCGCUCUAUAAGACGCACCAGACCAUAAGACGCACCUAGUUUUUGGAGGAGGAAAACAAGAAAAAAAAUAUAUUCUGAAUCCCAGAAGCCAGAACAGCAAGAGGGAUCGCUGCGCAGCGAAAGCAGCGAUCCCUCUUGCUGUUUUGGCUUCUGGGAUAGCUGUGCGGCCUGCAUUCGCUCCAUAAGAUGCACACACAUUUCCCGUUACUUUUUAGGAGGGAAAAAGUGAGUCUUAUAGAGCAAAAAAUACGGUAGAUUUAGAUAUAGAUAUGCGUGAGAGAUAUUAGCUUCUCAGGGAUGAAUUGCAAAGUUGUGCAGAAAAGCUAUGUCACAUUGUGCCCAAAUACAGGUAAUUUUGGAAUAUUCUCUCCCUGCAACAAUUUUAUGAGAUGGUGUUUUAGAACCCUUCCUCUUUUAAUGUAUUGUUCCUUGCUUAUUGGAAGUAUUUCUCAUCCUGCUUUUCAGCCUAAAAAAGGCUUCCAGAGCAGCUUGCAGAUGUCAACAAUGAGACGAGACCAGCUUUUUUUUUAAUGGCAUGAAAGGAAAAGGCAUUGGGAGGGAGGAGGAAAAAUAUAAAAUCAGGUGCUAGACUUCGGUUACAGAAUUCUCAUGACAACCAGCUGGAGAGCAGGAGGAAGUUGCUCCUGGUCUCCCAGCUGAGCCAAUUUAGCAGCCCUGCUUCCCAUUUUUUCCUGGUGAAGUGACUGCGUGAUGGUUGAGGACGGGGCUAGAUUUGCAGUGAAGCCAGUGGCAUAACCCUGCUUCCCUUCUCUCCUUUGUUGCAGCUGCUCACUUUACAAUUAAAACAAAAAGAUAGCGAACAGCAACCUUUAACAUAGAAACCUUUGAAUUAACUUGGGGCAGAAGGUGGGGUUGGGCUAGCAGGAGCUGCAGGUUGUGUCUGGAAUACUUAUGGAUUUUUUAUUUUUAAUUUUAAAAUUGCAAGGCUUCAGGAGCUGCCCUGCACACCCAUCUGUAACAUUUCUCAAGUUUUCAGCGCGUUCUUUUUCUUUUUAAAAAUACGCCGCCCUAGAUUUCAUUUUUCUCUUAAGUUUGUUGGAAACGCUUAAAAUAGCCUCACUUCUUCUGGCCUGCUGGUGGGUGUGCUUCGCUUUUGAAAUGGGGCUUUUGUUUUGUCUUGCCCAAAAUCUGCAGAUGGAUUUCUUUUUUUCUUUUUUUAAAAAGCUGCAUCACUUAAUGAGUCCUUUAUGGGGAGGAAACAGCGGGAGCGCAUUCCUGGGCAGGGCGUAACACACUCCCCGCCCCCCCCCCCAGCAGUUCCAGACGGCGGCUAUUUCUGACUCCUGGGCAGGGGCCCGGGAAAGCAGAUCCCACUACUGCUACUGCGGUCGUCUCUCCUUCCAGUGUGAGACGGCAUUGCAGAUGUUUCCCCCCCUCCUUUCUCUCUCUCUACCCCCCCCCUUUAGGAUUUUUCUUCAGUUCUGCCCAGGAACACAUGUUGACACAGUUUUGGUUGCCUCGCUUAAAAAGGGAUACAGUGGUACCUCAGGUUAAGAACUUAAUUCGUUCCGGAGGUCCGUUCUUAACGUGAAACUGUUCUUAACUUGAGGUACCACCUUAGCUAAUGAGGCCUCCCUCUGCCGCCGUGCGAUUUCUGUUCUCAUCCUGAAGCAAAGUUCUUAACGUGAGGUACUAUUUCUGGGUUAGUGGAGUCUGUAACCUGAAGCGUAUUUAACCCGAGGUACCACUGUAUUGUAGAGCAGGGGUAGGCCUGGGGGCCGAAUCUGGCCCAAUCGCCUUCUCAAUCCAGCCCACGGACGGUCCAGAAAUCAGCAUGUUUUUACAUGAGUAGAAUGUGUCCUUUGAUUUUAAAAUGCAUCUCUGGGUUAUUUGUGGGGCCUGCCUGGUGUUUUUACUUCAGGAUUGUAAUAAUAAACGAAAGAGCCUUGUGGCACCUUAGAGUUCUAGGAACUUUUAUUCUAGUCCAAACUUUCGUGGGUCCUCUUUUAUCAAAAUGCCCUCAGCUGGCAGUUCACACCCUAUUUGCCCUCUCUCACCCUUUUUGUUAUUUCCGCAAGGGCUCAACACCCUUCUGGGAUUUUCCCUGCCCACCAAGAGGACUAGGAGCUUGUUUCUUGCCUAGAGUCCAAGAAGCACUUGAUCUCUGCCUAAUUCCUCCUGAAUUUGGAAACCAAACUUUAGUCUCCCUCUUCCUCCCUCCAGGCACUGGAAGAAGCCCAGAAGGCUAUUCAACAACUCUUCGGCAAGAUUAAGGACAUCAAGGACAAAGCUGAGAAAUCUGAGCAGAUGGUGAGUGACGAAUAAUAUCUUGUUGCCUGUUAUUAAUGGUGUCCUCAGCAAUCUCCACCCCCCUUUCCUUUUCCUGCUCCAUUAGCACAACGUCUUACAGGAACCUUAACUGAGUCAGAUCGCUGGUCCAUCUGGCUCAAUAUUGUCUGCUCUGACCGGCAGCACCACUCCUGGAUUUCAGGCAGGAGUCUCUCGAGACUCUACCUGCAGAUUGAACAUGCUUGCAAGGCAGACACUCUGCUCUGUCUGUGGCCCUUCCACAAACCGUGGGCGGCCCCUGAAGCAACUUUACCUGGCCCUUGGUAGUUUGAAAACAAGGAGAAUAUUUUUCAGAGCUUCUAAGGCCACGAAGAGAUGGCUCUUGGGUGUGUUCAGUAUGCUGCCAACCCGUCUCUGGGUACAGGUUUUCCUUGCUGCCCUCCCUUCCAAAGCAAUGACCUCGCACAGGGUCCAGCAUCCCUUGGCCCCACGGACAAAAGCCAUUUGACAGCGGAGCCACGUCGCUAGAGGGACACUGGACUCUUCCCUCGGAGAUUGUCCUCUUCUGCGGUGUCUACAGGCACAGCCGGGCCUCAGGCUCUCCUCUGGGGACGAUGGGGCUCUGAAGUUGCUCCAGCCUGGAGCCGAGCCCUACCAUCAGGCGUGGGGAACCUUUGGCCCUCCCAAUGUUGCUGAACCACCCAUCACCCCUGGCCAUUGGCCCUUCUUAUUGGGGCUGAUGGGAGUUGCAGUUCAGCAAGAACCGGCACUGGGUGUCUGUUUCCAGGCAAUGCGACUCAGAGGGCACCUUUUUAAGGUGUUCUCCUAGAGGUUGGGAAACAGCGGCCCGCCUGGGUCUUCCUGGACUGCAGCUCAGUUCAUCCCUGACCAAGGGCUUCUGGGAGUUGGAGUCCAGCAACAUCCGGAGGACCACCAGUUCCGUAUCCCUGCCUCAAAAUUUGUGACCGGCGCUGUUUGUUCGCGAGCGGAAAGGGUUGUGGGUGGGGGACCCGUUGGGGUGGAUUUUGUGGCUUCUACAGACAUGGGUGGGGAGAGGGAGGGGUCUGGAGCGGGUGUCUGGGCAGGUCAGCAAAAACUCCCAUAGCGUCUGUGAAGUUAACUCUUUAUUCAAAGAAACAAGAUUGCUCUGGUGGCAAGGCCUAGUGAGCACAGCAAUGCUUCCUAGCAGAUCUUGCCCCAAUGAGGCAUUUGUGGGGAACUGAAGCUGUCUAAGUCUCUCUCUGUGUGUACACAGUUUCUUGAAUUCUUCUGUUUAUCCUGGGAGCAUAUUCACCCAGUGCUUUUCCAGCUGCACUGGCUCCCAGUGGAGUACAGGGUCAGAUUUAAGGUGCUGGUUUUGACCUUUAAAGCCCUUCACGGCCUAGGACCCUCGUACCUACAGGACCGCUUCUCCCGGUAAGCCCCACGGAGAGCCUCAAGGUCCAUAAAUAGCAACACCCUAGUGGUCCCGGGCCCUAAGGAAGUCAGAUUAGCUUCAACCAGAGCCAGGGCCUUUUCAACACUGGCUCCAGCCUGGUGGAACGCUCUGCCUCAUGAGACCAGGGCCCUGUGGGAUCUGCUUUCUUUCCGCUGGGCCUGUAAGACAGAGUUGUUCCGCCUGGCCUUUGGCUUGGAGUCAGUUUGAUUCCCUCCCCCUCUUUCUUUUUUCUUUUCCUUCUCCUCCUGCGAUGAGGUUUCAGUAUUUUAAUGUUGUAUGUUAAUUUUGUUUUUAAGUUGUAUUCAUUCAAUUUGUUUUUAUUAUUGCUUGUUAGCCGCCCUGAGCCCGGCCUUGGCUGGGGAGGGCGAGGUAUAAAGAAAAAAAUUAUUAUUAUUAUUAUUAUUAUUAUUAUUCACCUGCGACAGGUGAAGGAAAUCACCCGCGACAUCAAGCAGCUGGACCACGCCAAGCGCCACCUGACCACCUCCAUCACGACCCUGAACCACCUCCACAUGCUAGCUGGCGGAGUCGACUCCCUGGAGUAAGCAGUGCGCCCUGGAGGGGUGCCAUGAUAAUGUGGGCACACAGAGGGGGCUGAGGGAGGGGGGAACUGCGGCAUGGAAUUGGGAACGGGAUUAGCUUUUGGGCAAACCCAACUUUUUUUUUAAAAAAGAGUAAGCUUCUAGUCCUUAGGGGUUACAAGUCAGAGGAAGCUUACAGUGGGCUGCAUUGAAGGCAAGCAAAACUCAGCGGUGGGCGGGGCCAGGGUGACAGUGGGCGGAGCAAUAAGGAUCGAUUUCGCCUGGAGACAGGGAGGACCUCAGGGGCCAGGCAGAGGCCUUGGGGGCCAGAUUUGGUCGCAGGACCUGUGGCUCCCCACCCUGAGGAAGCUCCUUGGUCUGACUGGGUAUAAGGCAGCUUCCAGUGUUUGAUUUCAUCCCCGACUUCUCUCUUCUAAUUAACCCCCCCCCUUUCUCCUCUCUCUUCCCCCCACUCCCAUCUCUAGGGCAAUGACGAGGAGGCGGCAGUAUGGGGAAGUGGCCAACCUCCUGCAAGGGGUCGUGAACGUGCUGGAGCAUUUCAACAAGUACAUGGGGAUCCCGCAGAUUCGCCAGCUUUCUGAGAGGUGAGAUGAGGGCGGUGAUCUCCCGAGUGCUGGAAGAGGGAAGCCCAGGAACGUAGCAGCCGUUCAGAGUCUCUCUGUGUUAACAGAGGAGCAAAUGUUAACUGAGUCCCUGCUCAGACAUUCAGUUGCGCCUCUUUGGUCUGCAGAGACAGGGAGGGCAUUCCUGCCUUGUUUUUUCACUUUUAAUAAAACGACUGCUCUCCGUCCAUGGAAGAUGUUACCAUAAAUUUACCCUGACAUGCUUUCAUGGGAUUUGUGUUUUUAAUAAAGUCAGGAAACCAUACAAAGCGACCCUGUUAGCAGACAGGACUAUCAAAACAGUCCCUUGUACUCCGGGGUUCCUUCAACUCGGUUCUUAAAUCUUCGUUUUCUCCCUUUAACGAAUAUUCUGGUUAAAGGGCUGUCACCCUUGCUUCUUGAGUUGUUUCCAGUAAACUAGAGGCCACCGCCUCGUUUGGCUUGGCAGGCGUUUAAUUCCCCAACUAGUUUUGCUAGGAACAAAAACUUCCUGCAGAAGCCUGCGUUUGGCUCCCUGAGCCCUAACCCAAUUUCCUCAUUGGUUCCUGGGCAGGGUGAAGGCUGCCCAGAACGAGCUGGGGCAACAGAUCCUGGCAGAUUUCGAGGAAGCGUUUCCCUCUCAAGGCACAAAGGUAAUGAAAUAAAAAUAAAUCCUGGUCUCUCCCUUGCUUGCAGAAGUGCAAAUGAGCUUCCCCUAUUUCUCAACAACAAAUAUGGUGUUUGUAGCCCAGUUUUAGUGCAGCUGGCAUGAGAAUCAUUUGUAGGGGAGGGGAGGUGCUUCGCCCUUUACCUUGCAACACCUCCCCGUGGCUGCUUUUUCUGUUUGACCAGCCAAUGUCCCAGAUUGAGGAGAAAAGGAGCUGGGGCUGGAGAAAAGGGAAGCACCUCAUACCCUCUGCUGUGUCUCCCUAUCAGUGGUUCUUCUCCCGGCUCCCUCUUCUUUUUCACUUCUAUAACUGCCCAUCGCUGCAUCUUCUGCAUCAUCCCAGAUGAUCUAUAUUCACUAUGACUUUACCGUACUUUGGGGUGUCCUGAAUACCACCAUUUGGUAGCCAAGCCCAAAACCCCAAGUCUCAUUUGGAUGCUUUUUGGCUUGCCUGCUGCUGAAAGUGACCACGAGGUGAUUGAUAAUAUCAUUUAUCAGUUUUAGACCCUUAAGUACUAGCAGUUGCCAGGACUUGUCCUGUUCGCUUCUGCGUAGUUCCUUCCUUACCACAGAUACAGUCAUACCUCAUGUUGCGUUAGGUUCAUGUUGCGACUUUUUGGCUUGCGAACGCGGCAAACCCGGAAGUAUACUUCCGGGUUUUGCUGCGCAUGUGUGCGCAGAAGCAUUCUGUGCGCUUUGCACAUGCGCAGAAGCGCUCUAUCGCGCUCCGCACUUGGGCAGAAGCGCUGCUCUAGUUGCAGACUUUUUGGGGUGCGAACGGCACCCUGGAAUGGAUCAUGUCCGCAACUAGAGUUACCACUGUAUUAUGAUAUACAGUGGUACCUCGGGUUACAUACACUUCAGGUUACAUACGCUUUAGGUUACAGACACUGCUAACCCAGAAAUAGUGCUUCAGGUUAAGAACUUUGCUUCAGGAUGAGAACAGAAAUCGUGCUCCGGCGGUGCAGCGGCAGCGGGAGGCCCCAUUAGCUAAAGUUGUGAUUCAGGUUAAGAACAUUUUCAGGUUAAGUACGGACCUCCGGAACGAAUUAAGUACUUAACCCGAGGUACCACUGUAUCGAUAUAUCGCGAUGUUUAGCUGGUGAUAUAUCACAGUGUUGAAAACCAGAACUCGCCCAGCCCUACUUGCAUUUAAUAUAUCCCCAAAGUAUAGUCACUGGCACCACUGGAAGCGAAAACCCUGAAUUCUUUGCCUUUCUCCUCCCUGACAGAGGGCUGGAGGUCCCAGCAACGUCCUGCGGGAUGCCUGCCUGGUUGCAAAUGUCUUGGACCCCAGAAUCAAGCAGGAGAUCAUCAAGAAAUUCAUCAAGCAGCACCUCUCGGAAUACCUCGUGCUCUUCCAGGAAAACCAAGAUGUAAGUCAGGAUAUUCCCCCUGUGUAGAACUCUUAGCUUUUCGCAGGCUGUUCAGAUAUCCUCCUUUCUUUCUUUUUUGGCCAUAGGAAAUGUAUGCCAGGAACUUCCUUUGUGCUUGUAAGCUUCUUAGAAGGCACUUUGGCAAUUGAGCAGCAUAGAAAUCAAUCAAUCAAUCAAUCAAUCAAUCAAUCAGUUAACAACCUCUGUCUACAGCUGUUCUCAUAGCGCCUCCCUCUCUCUCGCCCUCCAGGUUGCCUGGCUGGAUAAAAUUGACCGGCGUUACGCUUGGAUCAAACGCCAGCUGGUGGAUUAUGAGGAGAAGUACGUCCGCAUGUUCCCUGCGGAAUGGUGCAUGACCGAGAGGAUUGCGGUCGACUUCUGCCACAUUACCAGGUAGCGGGGCCCAGGGCACUCUGCUUUAUUUCUUUGUGGAAGGAUUUUAUAUGCCACAGCCUGGUGUGUAAGGUCAGGGUGGUGGAUAGCAGCAUAAGAACCCACAGUUAAAAGCAGCGCAGAGUAAUCAUUAAAAUGGCUGGCUGCUUGAGAAAAUGUAUGGUGUGUUAGGGGUGGGGUAGCACUUCUGGUGGGGGACACAUCCUGCUCAUUCUGUGGUCGUUGGCUCACUUUGGUCUCCAUCAUGCACUCAGCUCCUACCUGUGGCUGCUAGAAGCGACAGUGGGCACACCGUGGCCUAGGACCCUCGUGCUUACAGGACCACCUCUCCUGGUCUGCCCCACAGAGGACCUUAAUGUCCAUGAAUAACCAUAGUUUAGAGGUCCCGGGCCCUAAGGAAGUCAGACUAUCCUCCACCAGGGCCAGGGCCUUCUCAGUGAUGGCUCCGACCUGGUGGAAUGCUCUGUCCCAUGAGACCAGGGCCCUGCAGGAUUUAACCUCCUUCCACAGGGCCUAUAAGACAGAGCUAUUCCGCCUGGCUUUUAAUUUGAACCUGGCCUCAUCUUUUGUUCCCCUUCCUUCCUUCCUUCACCCUCCCCUUUUGUGAAGAUUACUCACACUGGGAUCCCACAGCUGGUUCUCCCCUGGUCUCCUCACUGGCCCAAGUGGGACUAAUUUAGCCAGCUAGCCCUGGUGAUCAUUUAAUGUUUAUUGGAUGGAUUUCCCCCCUAAAUUGACUUUUGAUUUUAUUGUUAUUUACGCUUUAUACCGUAUUUUAUGCUGGUUUUUUUUUUGUAGCGUCAAUUAAGUUUUAAAUUUGUUGUUAGCCACCCCCUGAGCCCGGUUUCCUGGACCGGGAAGGGCGGGGUAUAAAUAAAAAUGUAUUCUUUAUUUAUUAAAUGUCUUCAACUGGCUGGCUCAACCAGGUGAGGGGAGCCGAUGGGUUUCAAAGCCUCAGUGAGCUAGGGGCUUCGCCUGCAUGCAAAGACAGGCUCUGACGGACUGAGUGGAUGAGAUCAAUAGUGGGUCCAGUGGCCAAGAAGGCGGAUUCUGCCCCUGCUGUGGAGGGAAGUGAGGGGCAGAUGGGGCUCAUCCACCUGUGAAGAGAGCCUAUCUAGGAGAAGGGAAACUCUGAUCCUAAACCUCUACUGCCUUGCGGGAUAUCUUUGGGAGAAGAAAAGGCUAAGGAGUAAAUCCUCCACAAGUCUGGAGUGGGGUCCCUAAGACGAUUGGAUGGUGCCUCGUAUGCCUCUUUCCAGCAAUCCCUGCAGCCAAACUGGCACCCAGCGUCUUGCUCUGCUUUCCUUUGGACCACAUCAGCGAGGCUGAGAGGCUGGGCAGCCCAGCACCCCCAGACCCACCGCCCAGACUUGCACCCCAGGGAGGUCACUUCAGUGCUGCUAGCACGGCAAUCUGGCUUUACCCCCGAAGGCAGACUCCAUUGUCUCUUGAGACAGACGGAUGCCAACGACAACCAGAGUAUAGGAUUAUUAUUUCCUGUGGUUGCUAUGACCAUAAUGGUCAAGACGACAACAGCAACCUUGGACCACCAGAUGGUGUUGGACUACAUUUCCCAUCAUCCCUGACUGUUAUAAGAAAAACUGCUCCCUUUCGCUUAUGGGGUAUUCCAGAGCCCAUAUAGAGUCCUUAAGUGGGUUCCCUAUUGGUAGGAGAAAUAAUAGAGGCCAACCAGAGUAUAUUGAGAAGCAAAGCGGCUAGGAAGCCUGAUCUUUAUUCAAGGAACUGUUGAAACAGCGUCCCCACUCACCACACGCAGGAGGGAGGAGAACCCAGAACAAUGGUGUGCAAGCCCUUAUAAAUAUUUUUUAAAUUACCCACCCUGUAGCCCAAGACCACCACCCCUCAAAACAUCAUACAUACAUCACAGAAGGAGGCAGUCUGGAAGGUAGGCUUGCACCCUGGGGAAGUCACUUCGUUGCUACUAACGCAGAGGUUUGACUUCGCCCCCAGAGGUGUGAUCCACUGCCUCCCAAGACAGACAGAUCCCAACGACAGCAGUGUAAGAACCAGUGGUUCAAAACAGCACACAGAGCCAUCGUUAAAAUGGCUAGCUGCUCGAGAAAAAUGUAAACAACCUGCAGGCCAAGCAGAUUUGGUCUGGAGUGUCUCUUGGGAAUGUGUCUCCCCCCCCCCGCCUGAAACCCUGGAGAGCUGCUGCCGUUCAGGGUAGGCAGCACUGAGCUAGGUAAAGGGUAAAGGGACCCCUGACCAUUAGGUCCAGUCAUGGCCGACUCUGGGGUUGUGGCGCUCAUCUCGCUUUAUUGGCCGAGGGAGCCGGUGUACAGCUUCCGGGUCAUGUGGCCAGCAGGACUAAGCCGCUUCUGGCGAACCAGAGCAGCGCACGGAAACGCCGUUCACCUUCCUGCCGGAGUGGUACCUAUUUAUCUACUUGCACUUUGACGUGCUUUUGAACUGCUAGGUUGGCAGGAGCAGGGACAGAGCAACGGGAGCUCACCCCGUCGCAGGGAUUCGAACCGCCGACCUUCUGAUCAGCAAGUCCUAGGCUCUGUGGUUUAACCCACAGCGCCACCUGCGUCCCAUCUAGCACAGAGCUAGAUGGACCCAAAUGUCUGACUUUCUAUAAGGCAGCUUUCUACAUCAGGGCAGGUGCGAGGCAAGGACCUGCCUUAGGUUCUCUCCCCCCUCCCCCGCAGGACAGAGCUUGCAAAGAUCAUGCGGACGCGGGCGAAGGAGAUCGAGGUGAAGCUCCUUCUCUUUGCCAUCCAGAGGACCACCAACUUUGAAGGGCUGCUGGCAAAACGCUUCUCGGGUUGCACCCUCUCCGACACAGUGCCGGUGAGUCAGGUCUCCCCAGCUGCUCUGGGCAGCUCCCAACAGAAUAUUAAAAACCACGAUCAAACAUUAAAAAAUUCCCUAAACAGGGCUGCCUUCAGAUGUCUUCUAAAAGUCAGGUAGUCGUUUAUUUCCUUGACAUCUGAUGGCAGGGCGUUCCACAGGGAGGGGGCCACCACCGAGAAGGCCCUCUGCCUGGUUCCCUGUAACUUGGCUUCUCGCAUUGAGGGAACUGCCAGAAGGCCCUCGGCGCUGGACCUCAGUGUCCAGGAUGAAUGAUGGGAGUGGAGACGCUCCUUCAGGUAUACAGGACCGAGGCCGUUUGAAAGGGUCCGAAUGUUACAAGCGAAGCAGGAACAGCUUUCCCCUGUCUGCUUUCUCCCUGCCUAAUUUCCUUCUGCUUUGUCGUGUCGCCCUUCCCUACCUCAUCGCAGAAGAAGGCUGAGCCUCCGCCUCCCAACACCAACCCCUUCCUGGAAGACGAAGCCAUCCUGGAGUCGGACGAAGCCACGUUAGAAAAGGCCGACAUUGACAGGGUAAGUCUCUUAGCCUCUCGAGGCUUUCGUGGGUGCCGCCCAUGUGUUUUCAAGCCCUUCUUCCUGCCCAGAACGGCUGGGCACUUAAUUCCCUCCUUUAAUAAAAAUAAAAAUGGAGGUUCUCAGAUAAUAAUAAUAAUAAAUAAUAAUAAUAAUAAAAAAUUUUAUUUAUAUCCCGCCCUCCCCAGCCGAAGCCGGGCUCAGAUGGAGGAAGGAUUGGUCCCGCCAACUCCUUUCUGACCUGCAGGUCCCCAAGCUCCCCUGUGUAAGAUUUUGCACUGGACUACAGUCAGAAACAUAGGAAGGUGCUUUGUGUUGUGUCAGAGCUUUGGGCCAUAGAACGUCAGAGAGGAACCCAAGGGCCAUCUAGUCCAGCCCCCUGCAAUGCAUCUAGCUCAGUGUUGCCUACUCUGGCUGGCAGUAGCUAUCCAGCCCCAUCUGGAGAUGCCUUUGGGGGUGGAACCUGAGACCUUCUUCAUGUAGAGCAGAAACUCUUGCCCAGGGGCCAGCAAACUUUUUCAGCAGGGGGCUGGUCCACUGUCCCUCAGACUUUAUGGGGGGGGUGAACGAAUUCCUAUGCCCCACAAAUAACCCAGAGAUGCAUUUUAAAUAAAAGGACACAUUCUACAUAUGUAAAAACAUGCUGAUUCCUGGACCGUCCACAGGCCAGAUUUAGAAGGCGAUUGGGCCGGAUCCGGCCCCCGGGCCUUAGUUUGCCUACCCCUGCUCUUGCCUCUGAGCUUGCAGCCCUUCUCCUAAAAACACAGUAAGCUUCAAGUCUUCAUGGUUUAAGAGUUCACAAAGGUUCAGAGAAAAAUAUUUCCCAUCCAUUUUCUCUAUGCCAAGUUUAUUGCAACCCCUCCAACUAUCAUGUAGGGGAUUUUCCUCUUCCGUUUGCUGUUUUAUGUUUUUGGGAAUACUGACCCGGCGGAGGGGAGCAUUGCAAAUGGAAAAGGAGACGUUUUCCUGAGGGUUGAAGAGUCUGAAUUGAGUAAUUAAAAAAUAACAACAAUCAACAUUUAUCUCUUUAAAAAAGUUCCUCCCAACUUUGUUUUCCAGCCCAAAAAGCCGAAAGUUCCAGACAAUCCUUUUCAUGGCAUCGUCUCCAAGUGCUUUGAGCCUCAUCUCUACGUCUACAUUGAAUCCCAGGACAAGUGAGUAAAGGAAGUUUUUGGAAGGAAGGAAAAAGACGAGAAAUAAGAAUGUAUUGAUGCUCUUUUCCCACCCUCACCCAAACUUUUGGGCCUGAUCCAUUGGGAACAUCCUUUUUACGUUAGCAUUGGUACGGGGCCGUGAGCAACUCCCUUUUUAAUUUCUGCAAUUUCUCGUGUGGGAACAGACCCCUUUGUCCAGACCUUCAGGACGACAGAAGGGCCACAGAUUUGCACAGCCCUGAGAAUCUCAGUUUUUGCUUUAAAAGUCAAGUUUCUAGCCCUCGUGGCUGGGGUGGUAGGCUCGGGAGCACGUACAUAGCGCAGCUUGGCUUCGAUUCCCUCUGGUAGAUCUGUGCCUCAGUGGGCAGAACAAGAAUGAGUGAGGCAACCCAAAACCAGUCUAAAUCCUUUUGCCUGACAGCCUGCAUGUUUGUCUUUGCUUCUCUUCUGCCUCCAGAAACCUCAGCGAGCUGAUUGACCGCUUUGUGGGGGAUUUCAAAGCCCAAGGGCCCCCCAAGCCGAACGUGGACGAGGGCGGGGCGGUCCUGCCCAGCUGCGCUGACCUCUUUGUGUACUACAAGAAAUGCAUGGUGCAGUGUUCCCAGCUGAGCACCGGGGAGCCCAUGAUUGCCCUCACCACCAUCUUCCAGAAAUACCUCCGGGAAUACGCCUGGAAGAUCCUCUCGGGAAAUCUGCCCAAGUGAGAUUUUAGCACCGUCAGAUCUCUGGCCUUGCUAGCUCUGGCCUUGCUAGCUAGUAAUAUAAUAAUAAUAAUAAUAAUAAUAAUAAUAAUAAUAAUUUAUUAUUUGUACCCCGCCCCAUCUGGCUGGGUUUCCCCAGCCACUCUGAGCGGCUUCCAACAAAGAUGAAAGAUACACUAAAAUGUCACAUAUUAAAAACUUCCCUGAACAGGGCUGCCUUCAGAUGUCUUCUGAAUGUCAGGUAGAUGUUUAUCGCUUUGACAUCUGAUGGGAGGGCGUUCCACAGGGCAGGCGCCACUACCGAGAAGGCCCUCUGCCUGGUUCCCUGUAGGGGUGAUGGGAGUUGCAGUCCAACAACAUCUGGGCACCCACAGGUUGAGAAAGGCUGGUCUUGAUUGUCGUUGAAGCAAGAGGGGGGUGUCUUAUACACAGAAAAAUACGGCAUUUUAAUUUUACUACACAACCUGCACAAGAAAAACAAAAGAAGAAGUUAAAAACCCACCAGAAACAGCCGGUGUAUUUAAAAUAAUUUAAAACAACACAGGCAUUCACGGCUGGCGCACGCCUGGCUGCUUUUUGGGCUGUCAAGCCCCCCUCUGUGUUUAAUUGCCGUGUUCUUUUCCCCCUUGCAGGACGACCAGCAGCAGUGGGGGGCUGACUAUCAGCAGCCUGCUGAAGGAGAAAGAGGGUUCAGAGGUGGCCAAGUUCACCUUGGAAGAGCUCUGUUUGAUCUGCAGCAUCCUCAGCACGGCCGAGUACUGCUUGGCGACCACCCAACAGGUAAAGCCUGCGGGCGGCUGGGGGGCCAGGGAGCGCCGGGGAAUCCUGCAGGGAUGCAAUCUUCAGCCAAAAACAACAUGGCUGCCUACCUUAAAACGAAACCCAAGUUUCUAGUCCUUAUGAGCUUAGGGUACAGAGGCUGGGGGGAUUGUUGGGAGAUGGAUUUCAACAAUGACUGUGGAUGCAACGCGCAGGUUGUCUCCUCCCACUUGCUCUCUCGAGGAAGCAUAGCACAUGGGGAGGCAAACUAAGGCCCGGGGGGUCGGAUCCGGCCCAAUCGCCUUCUAAAUCUGGCCCGUGGAUGGUCCGGGAAUCAGCAUGUUUUUACAUGAGUAGCAUGUGUGCUUUUAUUUAAAACGCAUCUCUGGGUUAUUUGUGGGGCAUAGGAAUUCGUUCAUUUCCCCCCUUCAAAAUAUAGUCUGGCCCCCCGCAAGGUCAGAAGGACAGUGGACCGGCCCCCUGCUGAAAAAGUUUGCUGACCCCGGCAUAGCACACCUGAAAACAUCCUGCCGUUUCUGGCAGAAUUCUAGAAAUGUGGGAACAGGGGUCCCCAGUUAUUAGGGGUGUGGGGUGUACAUAUCUCUCCCUGGGUGCCUCACACGGGCUGUUUUUAAUUUUAUACUUAAGGCAUGGUUAAGCGGGUGGUUAGACAAAAGAUUUGACGUUUCGGGAUCAGCCAGACUUUCACGGAGAAAGCCCCUCUCUCUCUGUCUCACACCCCAAACUUCUUCAACAGCUUGAAGAGAAGCUCAAAGAGAAAGUCGACGCCAGUCUGGUGGAGCGGAUCAACCUGAUGGGGGAGAUGGAUACCUUUAGCAUGUAUGUAUGCCGCUGGCGCAACCCCCCCCCCCGAAUGUGAGGAUCUGGGGUCCUGGGCUGGCUGGGACUGCUGGAGAGUCAUAGCCCAAAAACUCAGAUUGCCAAAGACAUUUGCUUGUCUGGAUGGAGGAGAGAGAGGUGUACAUGUACAGAAACUAGUCUACCAUCCAAAAGUUAAGAUUUGCACCCACUGCCCUGCCUCCUUUUGCUGUUAGCUCUGACAUGCGGCCCCCAGAAGGUUGCUCAGAUGGGAACACGGCCCCCCCGGCUGCAAACCACCCUUGCAACAAGGCCUUUAAACAGGCAGAGGCAAACUUGGCCCUCCAGAUGUUUUGGGACUACAACUCCCAUCAUCCCUGACCACUGGUCCUGUUACCUAGGGAUGAUGGGAGUUGUAGUCCCAAAACAUCUGGAGGGCCGAGUUUGCCUUUGCCUGCCUUUCAAGAUUAAACAUUCUUUAAGUUGGCUUUCCCAUUUUUGCAGGUUCCCGUUUUUUUAAGCAUCUGCUCAGCUCCUCCAAGGACCACUGGGGGGCCUGCAAGCCCCUCUCCCUCCCCGCCACUGCGGCCACCUUGGCAGCCAUAUUGGCAGCCACAGCUCCCCACAAUGCCUGUUUUUUCCAGGCCUUUUUUUCCUGACAGGCCUGUCAGCUGAGGUGACGUUUCCCUCACGCUCAAAGAAAAUUGAAGUAGACGAGAGCUGAUAUUUCUAUUAACGGGUGGCUGUUUUUAUGCGCCGUUAACAACUGCAUGUGUGAGCCCUGACAGGCUGCGAGUUUUGUCGCGCCUUUUUUUUUUAAUUUCCCGGCACGAGUGGAAAUGUUAAGAAGAGGUGGUGGGGCGAGUUCUUGUGUCGUGACGGGCGGCUUCAGCGUUGACGGCUCUGUCAGGAAGUUAUUUUGGCCGUUCCUGAGGGAAGAUUGACAGCUUUAAUUUACUAAGAGUAGAUUACGCCUGGGAAGGCAUCAUUUGUGUCUCCCAAAUUUGGCAGCUAAGUGGAGCGCCCAGCUUGUUUCUCUAAUAGAGCUGUUCAGCACUAUUCAAAUUGUGUUAACAUUUGUUUCCCCCCCUGUGUUUCGUUGUUGAACUUCUUAGCCUCUCAUUACAUAGAAAUGUCUUCUCACUGGCGUGAUUGCAAAUUGUUUGGCGCAUUGCAGCUUUCCCCAACCUAGAUUUUGUUGGACUACAAGUCCCAUCGUCACUUGCCUUCCUGGCUAAGGAUAAUGGGAGUUGUAGUCCAAUGACAUCUGGAGGUGGGAAAGGCUGGUGUGGUAAAUAGAGUGCCAGACUGGGACGAGGGAGAUGGGGACUUGGAUCCCCACCUGGGCAUGAAGUUUGCCAAUGAACACUGGGCCAGUCACUGCCUCUCAGCCCAAACUACCUGACAGGGUUGUCGUGAGGGAUAAAACAGGGAGGAGAUCUGUGUAUCCCACCUCGAGCCCUCCUCCUGGUCCUCCUUUCCUACCGAAGGGAGCCCAGGACCAAAAAGUUAAAAUAAUGCCAUUUAAAAUGAAAAACAUAUUUAAAACAGUAUAAAACUCAAAUGCGUUUAAAACAUUUAGAACAUCUGGAAGUCAUGUAGAAGUAAUGAGGAAGUGAAAAAUGCAUUCUGCUCAAAACACAUUUGCACAAAAGCACUUGCAAUUCAUAAAAGAGCUGCAAUUCCCAGAGCUGUUUAACCAUCAGUCCGUCUGCCCAGGGAACUCUGGGGAUUGUGGCUCUGGGAGGGGAAUGGGGGUGUCCCAACAGCUCUUACUACCCACCACAAACUACAGCUCCCAGAAUUCUUUGGAGGAAGAAGCCAUGACUGUUUAAAGUGGUUUAUUUAUUUAUUUAUUUAUUUAUUUAUACAUACCCUGCCCAUCUGGCUGGGCUUCCCCAGCCACUGUGGGUGGCUUUCAAAAAAAUAUUAAAAUAUUGUAAUAAAUCAAAAAUUAAAAGCUUCCCUAACCAGGGCUGCCUUCAGAUGUCUUCUAAAAGUCUGGUAGUUGUUGUUCUCUUUGACAUCUGGUGGGAGGGAAUUCCACAGGGAGGGCGCCACUACCAAGAAGGCCCUCUGCCUGGUUCCCUGUAACUUGGCUUCUCGCAGCGAGGGAACUGCCAGAAGGCCCUGGGUGCUGGACCUCAGCAUCCGGGCAGAAUGAUGGGGGUGGAGACACUCCUUCAGAUAUACUGGGCCAAGGCCGUUUAGGGCUUUAAAGGUAUAAAAGUAUAAAACUGCUUUAAAAGUACAGGGCAAGUGGGGCCUAAAUGUAGAAAAGUAGGUUGUCAGGGUGCUUUCCCCUGAACUUGCUAGUUUUCUGCAGGCAGGGAAUUUUAAAGAAGAUUUUGCCGGGAGGCAAUCCUGAAUCCCUCCCUUUUCCAGCCUCAGGUUGCGUCUCUAGAAUAGAGUGUGCAAGCAGAGAAAUUCAGGGACUUCCCCCUUGACCUGAGCUCACCCAGCUGGCCUUUGCCUCAGUCGUUUCAUCUCGCUUUUAUUAUUUUCCAAGUGUCUCUGUAUAGUUUAAAAAAGGAAAUUCAGAAAGUUGUCAGAUGAGUGAGUAACAACAACCUUCUAGGGCAUCACAGCUAGCGGGGCCUUCUUUGUGUUGGCUCCCACAGCAAUAAAGGUAAAAUGAAACCGUCUUGUUCCCUUUACAGAGUGAUUUCUAACAGCAUCCAGCUUCUGGUGCAGGACUUGGACGCUGCCUGUGACCCAGCUCUCACGGCCAUGAGCAAGGUAGGAGUCUCAAACCUUUAAAAGCUAAAGUUGCAAGGAAUUCUGGAGGACAUCUAUUCCAACCCCGAGAAGCUUACCAAACUAUGAGUGCUGUUCGCAUUUUAUACCGUAUUUUAUGCUGUUUUUUGUAGCAUCAAUUAAGUGUUUUAAAUUUGUUGUCAGCCGCCCUGAGCCCGGUUUUCUGAACCGGAAAGGGCAGGGUAUAAAUAAAAAAUUAUUAUUAUUAUUAUUGUAAAACAAAUUUUGAAGAUGUAUACAAAACGUGAGAAUACAACAGUGAUGGGGAACCUCAGGCCAGGGGGUUCAGAUGUGGUCCAUGGGACUCUCCCCAGGCCACACCCCCUCUCUGAAGGCCACGCCCCUCCCAGCCCUGCAUUGCACCUUCCUUGAGUGUUUUGGUCUGGCUGGAAAUGUGCCCUUGGUCAUGAUGCCUCUUUGCUUCUCUGGAUGGAGGCGGAAGAGGGAUAAUAAUAAUAAUUUUUAUUUAUACCCCGCCCUCCCCAGCCAAGGCCGGGCUCAGGGUGGCCAACAAGCAAUAAUAAAAAUAAGUUGAAUGAAUACAACUUAAAAACAAAAUUAAAAUACAACAUUAAAAUAUUAAAAUGCAGCCUCAUCGCAGGAGGAGAAAGGAAAAAGAAAAAAGAAAGAGGGGGAGGGAAUCAAAUUGGCUCCAGGCCAAAGGCCAGGCGGAACAACUCUGUCUUACAGGCCCUGCGGAAAGAAAUCAGAUCCCACAGGGCCCUGGUCUCAUGAGGCAGAGCGUUCCACCAGCCGGAGCCAGAGUUGAAAAGGCCCUGGCUCUGGUUGAGGCUAAUCGUAACUUCCUUAGGGCCUGGGACCUCCAAAGUGUUGUCAUUUGUGGACCUUAAGUUCCUCAGUGGGGCAUAUCGGGAGAGGCGGUCCCGUAGGUACAAGGGUCCUAGGCCGUGAAGGGCUUUAAAGGUCAAAAGCAGCACCUUAAAUCUGACCCUGUACUCCACCGGGAGCCAGUGCAGCUGGAAAAGCACUGGGUGAACAUGCUCCCAUGGCAGAGACCCUGUGAGGAGCCUCGCUGCAGCAUUCUGCACCCGCUGGAGUUUCUGGGACAGCUUCAAGGGCAGCCCCGCGUAGAGCGAAUUACAGUAGUCAAGCCUGGAGGAGACCGUCGCAUGGAUGAGCAAGUGUGCAUAGAAGCUGGCCUACUGCACAGAAGCAAAAAUUGGCAUUGGUUGCUCCGCCCACUUUUACCUCUGGCCCCGCCCACUGCGGCACACGGCCCCCAGGAAGUUGUCCAGAAGGGAAUGGGGCCCUCAGACUCAAAAAGGUUUCCCACCCCCAGCUGUAUACAAAAACCAAGCUGUGUUAGGGGGUCGGCUGCUGCUGGUAGCACAAAAGGAAAGCUAAAAAGUUGAGACUUUAAGCCCAGGGGUCAAAUAAAUCCCCGCCGCCCCCAAAUUUGAUCUUCUGACCCACUCUGAUCUCCCGCCACCAUUGCACUCGGCAGCCUUGAACUACCUAACAGGAGCGUUGUGAUACAAACAGGGUUGGAGGGAGAGAAUGACGUAGGAGAUUUCUAAACGCCUUGGAGGAAAGACGGGAUUAAAAUACCGUAUUUUCCGGCGUAUAAGACGACUGGGCGUAUAAGACAACCCCCAACUUUUCCAGUUAAAAUAUAGAGUCUGGGAUAUACUCGCCGUAUAAGACUACCCCUCUUCCAACGCACACCAAAUAAAAAUUUAAAAAACCAGCCUCCAGUCCGGCUCGGAAAUCCGCUUCACUUCCCAGUGGCCGGGGGCUUCUGGGGCCAAUUUUCAAGCGUAUUUCUGCUUCAUCUAGAGAGCUCGGCGUCCUCUGAUUUAAUUUGCUGUCGUUUUAUCCUUUGGUGGGGAGUUGCUACAGGAGCUGCUGCUGUAGCCGGCGUAUAAGACGACCCCCGACUUUUGAGAAGAUUUUCCUGGGUUAAAAAGUAGCCUUAUAUGCCAGAAAAUACAGUAAUCACACGGGCACGAAAAUCUUGGGCAGCAUCACUGUCGGUCUCUGGUUUGUGUUGCAUUCGGGCCUCGGAAGCUGGGUCUCGUUCCGCUGCUACUUAAAAACCUUCCGUCUCCUUGCAGAUGCAGUGGCAGAAUGUGGAGCACGUGGGCGACCAGAGUCCCUAUGUCACGUCGGUGAUCUUGCACAUCAAGCAGAAUGUCCCCAUCAUCCGAGACAACCUGGCCUCCACCCGCAAGUACUUCACGCAGUUCUGCAUCAAGUUCGCCAAGUGAGUUCCUCCUGCUGCUCUGCUUGCAUCAUAAUAAUAAUAAUAAUAAUAAUAAUAAUUUAUUUAUUCCCCUGCCCAUCUGGCUGAGUUUCCCCAGCCACUCUGGGCGGCUCCCAAUCAAGUGUUAAAAACAGUACAGCGUUAAAUAUUAAAAACUUCCCUGAACAGGGAAUUAUGUAAUGAGGAAUUAUGAUGCUGAUUUAUAAAAAAGAAGGUGAUUUCUCAAGGUUUGUAGAUGAUAGAGAAGUGAUCAUGAGAAUACAAUACAUAUGUUAAAUGUCAUGGGGAUGUCAGAGAGAAAGACGGAAAGAAGUCAAAGCUCAUUUUGAGCAAAUAAUAUAAGUUGUGAAUAUGUGUAUGGAAUUAAAAUGAAAUACAGAAAAAAUCAAUAAAAAUUAGGUUAAAAAAAAAACUUCCCUGAACAGGGCUGCCUUCAGAUGUCUUUUAAAGAUAGGAUAGCUGCUUAUUUCCUUCACAUCUGAAGGGAGGGUGUUCCACAGGGAGGGCGCCACCACCGAGAAGGCCCUCUGUCUGGUUCCCUGUAACUUCACUUCUCGCAGGGAGGGAACCGCCAGAAGGCCCUCGGCACUGGACCUCAGUGUCCGGGCUGAACGAUGGGGGUGGAGACGCUCCUGGCCAUUUAGGUAUGCAUGGCCUUCUGGGACCUCAGGCCCUCCAGGCUUCUCUGUUCAGCCCGCCAGGACUCUCUUGCCAGUCCACGCUGCCUCACCGGCCCUGCUCCACACCCCAGCUGGUUUUCGCCAUCCGUGAAGUCUGGCAAUGCCUCUUGCUUGACCGGGUGGUGGGCAGAGAGGGUUGGAUGCGAGUGUGGCCGCUGCUCAGAACUGGAAUUUGCAUCCAUUGCCCCGCCCACUGUGGCUCCUUGCCCCGCCCACCAUCGAUAAGAUUCCCCAACCAUGUGCUGAAACUUCUUCGUCUUCUUUUAAUCUUUUUUAUUAAGUUUUACAUUUCAAAUUUAAAUUCAAACGCUGAACAUCAUCAUUAUUUAAGAUUCCCUGAAUCCUUUGACUCCCCUCCAUGGUUACCAUUUCCAGUCUUUUCCCACUGCUUCACUUAUUUCCUCUAUUUUUCUUAAAUAAUCCAUUUUUACCUUAGUUUUUAGUCCAUUACGUUACUCAAAUCCUGCCAAAGUUUUUAGUUGUUUACAGUGUUCUCUUAAAUACAUUGCAAAGUUCCCCCUUUAAGUUCCUCUCUUCCUGGUUUCUGAUUUUCCCGGUCCCUUUCGCCAUUUCGGCAUAGUCCAUCAUUUUCACCAGUCAUUCGUCUCUGGUGGGGACUUUAUCUUCUUUCCAUCUCUGGGCCAGUAGUAUCCAUGCUGCUGUCGCCGCGUACAUAAAUAAUUGUUUCUGCUCCUUUGGUAUCUCUGCACCUAAGAUUCCUAGCAAAAAAGCCUCUGUUUCCCCCCACAAAUGUUAUUUUAAACAUUUUUUUCAACUCAUUGUAUAUCAUUUCCCAGAAUGCUUUUGUUAUCUUGCAUGCCCACCACAUGUGGUAGAACAUACCUGUGCUAAAACCUCUUAGGCUGAAAUCCUCCUGCUUAGCAAAAACCCCCACGGAACAGAACUUUACUUCUGAGCUGAAAAGCUUGUACCGUGAUAGCCUUGAAACCUCAAUGCGGUUUGACAUGGGGACCAGCCUACACCAAAGGGAUGGUUGUAGUCUUAGGCAGAGGAUGGCUGAACAAGCCGUCCCAGAGGAGAAGUGGAAGAACAAUGACUACGUACGCAUACAUACAUAAUUUUAUUUGUAUGACGCCUUUCCACAGUUAAAACCAAGCUCAAGGCGGCUUACAACAGGAAAAAAUACAGUAAUUAUAAACAUAAAAAUAGGCAUGAACAAACAAACAUAACAUCAAAAAGUACACAUCCAAAUUAAAACCAUUUCCAUGUGAGUCGUAACGCCAUCUAAAAUAAAGGUACAACAAAAUUAAAAUCGGUAACAGCAACAAAAAACCGGCCAAACAGUACCCCAGUCCAAGAGUCUGCUUGCAGCUGGAGUCAGUCCGGACCCCGCCUUCCCAGUCCAGGUGGAAAAUGCCUGCAAGACAGGGAGCAGGUCUUCCAGGACUCACAGCCCAGAUGGGCUUGGUGGCAUCAGCUGGUUAAGUUUCAGGAAGCAGAGAGGAACCAGUUCUCCAAAUGGAGAGAAGUAGAACAUGGGGUCCUCCAAUCCAUGGAUUGAUUCGGGACAUAAAAGUCAGAGGCCCCGCAAUUUUUCCUUGCCUUGUGAGAAGGCAGCCAUUACCGUUCCUCCUCAGACUCUGAUACAGCUAAGGUAGACUUCUUUGGAGCAGAGAUGUUCCAUUCAGUUGCUGUCUGGCUCUGUGUGUUUCUCUGAAGCUUUCCCCCCUUUAAACCCCUCUUUUCAUGUUGUUUUUGUUGAGAAAUAUGCAGGCGGAUCUCUCGGACUGCUUUGCACAAGCAUUUUGGGGCUCUCUGUGUCCCUUUCCCCCUCUCUGGGAGCGUUUAGUUUCACCUUCAGGGGCCUUCUCCUGAUAAAUCAUCAGAUGUUGGCGGGCUUUCUAAAGUGCUGCCUCUGCGGAAAAUUUACGGCGCUUCAGGCUCCAACAGAAACUGUGCCUGAAGUUUUUAUAGUAUCGCUUAGCGGGGCGAUAAAUCCAUUUAUAGAUUAAAUACACAGACUUCUGCCAUUUUUGCCGGGCAGGCUUUUAAUAGCUUGGCUCUGCUUGCCUGGCUCUUUAUAAUUUCAAUUUUUUUAUAUAUAAAAAAAGACUUCACUGAUUAGCCCACAUCAUGGAGGGAAACUUUGCCCGACUCUUGCAUCUGGAACGAGUUUGGAUGGAGAGGGGAAGGGAACGUUACUUUAAAUAUCGCUGCGUUUGUGGAAGCCUGCGAGGGUGUCUCCUUUGCCCCAGCAGCUGUGGGCUGAAAGGCCUAGAGAUCAGCUUCUUGGGAACUGAACGUCCCCCCUCCAGUCACUUUUAUUCCAUUUUAAAAGCUGGUAGUCCUCAUGGCCACAGGAGUACGCUUAAAAAUGUGUGGGCAAUACCUGGUUGGAAUCUCAAGGUGCCUCUGGAACAUAGGUAGCUGCCUUGAAACCAGGUCAGACCAUUGGCAUCCAUUGAGCUCAGCUCUGCCCACACUGGUUGGCAGCAGCAGUUCUCCAGGGUUUCAGGCAGAGAGUAUUUCCCAGCCUUAUCUGAAGAUACUGGAUGUGCAUGUGGAAGAAACAGAAGAGCCUGGGUCAAAGGGGGACUAUCUAGCUUAGUGUCCUGUUCCCACAGUGGCGCCCAAGAUGCCCUCAUGGGAGUUCCAUAGUUUAGAUCUGUGCUGUGUGAAGGAGGACUUUAUUUUAUCUCCCCAAAAUCUCCCAAUGUUCAGCUUCACUGCAUGUCCGCAAGUUAAGUGAGAAGGAGAAAAAAUUUCUCUGUGCAUAAUUUUAUAAGAUUCUAUCAUGUUGCCUCUUGUCUGCCAUUCUCGGCAGUGGCGCCCGCCCUGUGGAACGCCCUCCCUUCAGAUGUCAAAGAAUUCAACAACUACCUGGCUUUUAGAAGACAUCUGAAGGCAGCUCUGGUUAGGGAAGUUUUUAAUGUUGGAUGUUUUGUCGUGUUUUUAAUAUUCUGUUGGGAGCCGCCCAGAACGGCUGGGGAAACCCGGCCAGAUGGGUGGGGUAUAAAUAAUAAAUUAUUAUUAUAUUAUUAUUUCUCCCAAAUGCCGCAACCUUUCCUCAGAGGGGAGUCGCUCCAUCCCCCUUGAUAUUUUUUGUUUGUUUCAUUUACAUUUUUGUUGUUUAAAAAAAGACUGUUUUUCCCCCCUUCCUUUUAUUUGUUUGUUAAAUUGUUAAAAAGGAGGCGAGGGGAAAUUACUCUUGUGUUUUUUAUUUUAUUUAAGUGGGGGGGGGGAUAAAAUGUGGAGUGUGUGAUUUCUUCGAUUCUUUCCCCGCAGCUCCUUCAUCCCCAAAUUUAUCAACCACCUCUUCAAGUGCAAGCCGAUCAGCAUGGUGGGGGCAGAACAGGUGAGAGUCAAGGACUGAAAGGGAUCAGGUGAGGCAGGGGCCUGCAGGCGGAGCAGUGUGGAGAAGGGAGAACAUUGCGUUUUGAAUUUUGAAGUAUUUUUAAAAUAUAAAUAUUGCAUUGGGGUGGCUAACGUACCACAGUUUGGAAGUAAAUCCCAUGUUGGCUGCAGAAUGUAUUUCUGAAUGGCAUUUUCCUUCAUCCAGCAAAAAGAAGCCCGAGCAGAGGCAACCCAGCAAGGAAGCCCCGCUGAGCUGCCAUUGAAAAUCCUGGGCAUGAGGCCGAGAGGAAACUGGAAGCUUCCAUUUCCGCUCUUAAAUAAACCACAGUUCCUAGUGAUUUCUGAACUCGGGGAACUGUGGUUUGUUUAAACUUGAGUGAGUUUUAUUGCCUGGGUUUGCCUGGGCUUAAGCAAGCCGCGGUUCCCUGUGUUUCUAUUUCUUAGCAUAUGCCAGAAGAUGUUUUUGUGCAGGGUAGCCAACGUGAUCUCUUCCAAACGUUGCCGACCUGCAACUUCCAUCAUCUCUGAGCACUGGCCGUUCUGGUUGGGGAUGAUGGGACUUGGUGUGGUCCGAAAUAUCCAGAGGGAAGACUGAUUUGGGGUGUCGGAAAGCACUAGGAUUUCAUUCCCCGCCCUCUGGAAUAGCCACAUCUCGUGCGUGGAGCUUUCCCACUGGGCAACAUGAGUCGGGGGGCUCCUUUGACCGACUGAAGCUUAACCCCCACCUUUAAAUCUGAUGCAGCUGCUUUUGGAUACUCACUCUCUGAAGAUGGUUCUUCUGGACCUGCCGUCUAUUGGGUCCCAGGUGGUGAGAAAGGCACCUGCCAGCUACACCAAGAUUGUGGUGAAAGGCAUGACCCGUGCCGAAAUGAUUCUCAAGGUAACUUCGGGGCUCUUUCUUUCUUUCGUGGUUAAGAGUGGUGGACUCGUCGUCCGGUGAACUGGGUUUACUUCCUCGCUCCUCCACAUGCAGCUGCUGGGUGACCUUGGGCCAGUCACACUUCUUUGAAGUCUCUCAGCCCCACUCACCUCACAGAGUGUUUGUGGUGGGGGAGGAAGGGAAAGGAGAAUGUUAGCCACUUUGAGACUCCUUCGGGUAGUGAUAAAGAGGGAUAUCAAAUCCAAACUCCUCCUCCUCCUCCUCUUCUUCUUCUUCUUCUUCUUCUUCUUCUAUCAACUGUCAGCCUGUUUAGUUGCCUAUCGGAAGGGGCGGCAUUGUCACGGGAACCUUGCCGGUCCGUAAUCCCACAGUUAGCUCUUUCUUAUCAAAAGAUGGAGUUAGCUCUUUAUUAUCAAAAACGCAAUCGCCACAGACUUGGUUGAGUGCCAGACCUAAUGAGCAGAGCAUCUCAUUCCCAGGGGUGUCCCUCCAGGAAAAUCAGUUGCUGAAAGUCCUCGUCUCCUCACAGCUAUCGAAGUUCCUUCCUCUCCAGGGCGUUUUCCAAGCAAUCGGAGACUGUGCCUUUGUGCAGCCAACCUCUCCUUUGCCCUUUUCAUGCCUCUUCUGGUUCUGGGAGACAGGGCGGGAGGGGGUGACACCUGUGACUCUUCACCAGCCUGACUCAGCUCUGCUUUUUUGGCCUCCAUCCUCCCUCUCUCUUGCUUCCAACUCUGCUUCUGCACUUCUCUCUGCACCGACUCUCCCAGCUCACUAAGCCCUGUUCCCUCUUCCCAGUCUGCUCCCUCUUCCCCUCAUUGCCGCCCCACCACCAAUCCCCGGUUUCUGAGCCAUCGUCCCUUGGAGAGGUUCCCCAACUGGUCCCUCCCACCAUUUCUCUGCGUCCAACCAGUUCGUGACAGGCUCCUCAGUGGUCGACUUUGCCUGCUCAAUCCCCGAAAGCAUCACCAGGUUCAAAAAGCGACUGGGUGGCCAGUGACCUUUCUCUCUCUGGAGAGCCACUGCCAGAUGAGUAUGCAGUAUUGAGCUUAAAUGCACAAUAAGCCCAUACGUUGCAACCAGUGAUGGUAACUCAGAGGUAGAACACCCGCUUUCCAUGAAGAAGGUCCUGAGUUCGAUUCACGGCAUCCCCAGUUGAAAGAGGCAGCGGGUAGGCCGGACUUUGCCCAGAGAGCGACUGCCAGUCAGAGCAGGCACUGCUGGCCCAGGUGGAGAAAUGGCACGGCCUGUUCUGAGACAGAACGCUGGAAUGUCAGUGGCUUUUAAUAAGUAAAUAUCCUAGCCUGCCGGACUCAGAUUCUUGGUGCGUGUGUCAUUUUUGUGGGGGGGGGGAAUGUGUCUCAUUGACACCUCACAAACAGAGGCCUCCCCCCACACGCCUGGCCCCAAAUGCUGGUGGUUUGGUGAAUCAUCUCUCCUUUGCUUCUGUGGGCCUUGCCUUCCCACACCUCGUAGUAGCCGUGAUAUAUACAUAUAAGGCAAAACCAAACCCCACCAGCCUAACUUUGGUUUCUUCUGUGGAUUCUCUUCCCCGCUCCCUCGAGCCGUCAAGUUUUCUGCACAGACGCAGUGGCUGGUUGCUUGGCUUUCGUAGAUAACCACAAGAACUUCCCACAAGACUAUUAUAGAUCUCUCUCUCUCUCUCUCUCUCUCUUUCUCUCUCUCUCGUUCCCCGAAUGCUGUCCCAGGGCUAUGGAGGGGAGGUUUUGGGUUCUCCUCGGGGUGGCGUUCCUCCGGCGUUCCCGAUGAGAUCAUCGCAGAGGGUUGCCAGCGGUUGCUUGUGUGCUUGUGGGGCUGCGAUUCUGUCAGGAUGGGGGUGGCCUUGCCACUAGAAGCAUCCAUUUGCUCUGAGCGGCACAGGCUUUUUAGAUCGUUUUUGCAUUUAUAUCCCAUGCUGCUCCUCAUUUAAUCCCCAUUCAGUAUGGAGGAAUGAUGGCGGGAACAAAUUAAACGGCUUUGGCCCUAUAUGCCUGACCCCCAUUGUCCAGCCAGGACACUGAGGUCCACCUCCGAGGGCCUUCUGGCGGUUCCCUUGCUCCAAGAAACGAAGGGACGGGGAACCAGGAAGAGGGCCUUCUUGGUGGUGGCACCCGCCCUGUGGGCGGCUUUGAAAAAGGACUGGACCAAUCCACAGAAGGGGGGAGGGCUUUUGAGCUUGGGUCCUGCUUAUGGGCUUCACACUGGCACCUGGUUGGCCGCCGUGAGCCCAGGAUGCUGGAUUAGAUGGGCCACCAGCCUGAUCCAGCACAGCUCUUCUUCAGUUCCUAGGAUAGGUUCUUGGUGGCUACCAGUCGUCAGGACUGUGUGCUGCCUCCCUCUGAAUGCCAGUCUCUGGAAAAUGCUUCGCACGGCAACAUUUUGAUGCCUUACUUCCUUCGCCUUCCUUUAACACGUUGACAUCCCUUGACUCGCUGUAGUUUUUGUAGUCCGUAGUUGCUAUGGUCACGAUAACUUCCUUGUGGGAUCCUCUUUAGAGCAGCCUCUAAAUCACCCAUUCUCAACCUGUGGGUCCCCAGAUGUUGAACUACAACUCCCAUCACCCCUAGCUAGCAAGACAUCUGGGGGCCCACAGGUUGAGAACCGCUGCAAAUGAACCGGCGGGAGGGCUGGUGUAAGCAUGGUGGCUAGAGCGCUGUGCUAGAACCCGCGAGACCCGAGUUCGAAUCACCCCCUCAGCCGUGAAGCUCUCUCAGUGGGGGCUUCUCUCAGCCAACCCCGCUCCGCAGGGUGGUUUUGAGGACAAAACAGAGGAGAGGGAGAGAGCUGAGCCUGACGCCUUGAGGAAGAGAUGCGAACGUGAUAAAGAACAAUGAAAUAAACCCCCACUGGUGGCUUGUGUGUCACCUCUAUGGGGUUCCUCAAGGUUUUAAGGGGGAUAUCGCAGCCCAUCUCCUUAAAGUUGAAGGUGGCCGUCCCGAUCAGGCCGAAGGGCCUUUCCUCAGCCGCCCUCUGCCUGGACGACCCUCCCUUCUGACGGUUUUGCUCCCCGCCUCUCCCUGCAGGUCGUGAUGGCCCCCCACGAGCCGCCCGUGGUGUUUGUGGACAACUACAUCAAACUCCUUGCCGACUGCAGCACGGACACCUUCCAGAAGAUUCUGGACAUGAAGGUGAGGGGAGCCCUGUGGGCUCCGCCAGCGCUGGUGGCCUCCGCCCCCAAUUCCAGGGUUUUGAGGUCAGCACUGCAACUUCCCUGCGGCUCCCAUUCAUUUAUAGAAGCCUAGAGUUGGAAGAGACACCAGAGGGUCAUUUAGUCCAUCCCGCUACAACGCAGGAAGUUCUGGUCACACAGGAGACCGUCCCAAUGGGCACUCUGGUGGGAAGUGGGCACGUUGACGCUCUCUUGGGCCGAUUUAUUUCUGCAUUGAUUCGUGUGGCUUUUGCCCUCCUAUGUUUGUGACAUCAUACUGGGUUCAUAGGGAAAGGGUUAACUGAUUGUAAAAUGACUAACCAAUGGGAACCCAGGGGGCAGAGUUAACGGUGUAUAAGAUUUAAGCACAGAGGUUUUUUGUGAGUUAGAGUUGUUGAGAAGACAGUCUGGAGUUAGGAGAGACAGAGAAGAGAAGUCUGUGGGUUGGGCUAGUCUGGUGUAAGAGAGGGAGAGAAUUAGUUAAGAGGAGUCAGUCAAACAGGUGAGAUCAUCAGUCAGAAGGUAUUAGGAAGGUAAAGGUAAAGGGACCCCUGACCGUUAGGUCCAGUCGUGGUUGACUCUGGGGUUGCGGCGCUCAUCUCGCUUUAUUGGCCGAGGGAGCCGGCGUACAGCUUCCGGGUCAUGUGGCCGGCAUGACUAAGCCGCUUCUGGCGAACCAGAGCAGCGCACGGAACACCGUUUACCUUCCCGCCAGAGCGGUACCUAUUUAUCUACUUGCACUUUGACAUGCUUUCGAACUGCUAGGUUGGCAGGAGCAGGGACCGAGCAACGGGAGCUCACCCCGUCGCGGGGAUUUGUACCGCCGACCUUCUGAUCAGCAAGCCCUAGGCUCUGUGGUUUAACCCACAGCGCCACCCGCUAAAGUUAAAAUACUGGCAGGAAUAUUAUCUGAGAAACCAUAAACUUGUUAAUGUUUGUAAAAUAAACUUGUUUUAUUUGGUUCACUUUUAACAACUGACUGGACUCGGUGUUUUACCAGAGAGUAACGGGUUGGUGGCAGCGGGGAAGCGAGCACAGUGGUGGCACAGGGAUCAAUAGACGUCUGGGGACCCUGUGUGAUUGCCACGAUUCGCCUACACGUGUCAUUUUCCUUGCCCCGCAGGGUCUGAAGAGGAGUGAGCAGAGCAGCAUGCUGGACUUGUUCCGCCAGAGGCUCCCAGCUCCUCCCUCCGGAGGCGACAACGCCGCCUCCAUCUCCCUGGCAGCCCCUACGCCUGAGCAGGAAUCCUCGCGCAUCCGCAAGCUGGAGAAACUCAUCAAGAAGAGGCUCUAGGGGGCUGCUGCUUCUUCUUCUUCCCCUCCACGCCCUGCUCUCUCUUUCUCCAAGAUGAGCCGUGCCAGUUCUGGAACCCCCCUUGACAUGGCUUCUUACUCGUGCUGCUGAGAAUGAGCCUCCCCUUCGCCCGCUCCUGGUACUCCAGAUUCAAAUUCCUCGUCGCUCGCUUUUGGAAGAUCCUUGGCACUAAGACUGUACCAGCCGGAAGAGUCACACAAGGGGGCUUUUCGGCUAUCCUGUACCACUUCAGACUCCAGCGAGGAACGUCUCCUGAGCCACCUUCAAAAAUAUAAAGGAAUCGCCCCACAUAUUUCACUUUUUCGUCGUCACAUGCUUGCUUCGCUAUGAGUAUGGGUUGUUUGUUUAGGGCGGAGGAUAUUCAGACGUGCAGUUCCACCCCGCAGUCUGAAAUGGUGCAGGCCAGCAAGUCCUCAACAUGGGAGUCUCCUAAUGGGAUCAGUUCUGCGCUUUCCCCUCCAUAGGAAUCCCCUGAGCUUCUCCACUUGAGCUGCUUCAUCUCCCUGCCAUUGCCUUCCCUGUGUUCACUUCCAUACAGUCCCCGCAGCACAGCGGUCCUCAGUGAGGCUGAGUGCUGCUUUGUCCUCUGCGUGGCAAUGGCUGCUAUGGUCCUGCGAAUGAAUGUGCUUUUAAUGUAAGAAAACACGGAAGCCAGGUGCAGGGAAUGUUGAUGGUCCUGGAACCCGCAGGAUAUGACAGGUCCCUAUUCACUCCCACCCCACCCCCAAGUGACUUUCCUGCAGGGUCCCUUUAGUUGUGGCUCCUAAAAACACCCUGGCAGCUUGGUUUCGAAACAAUAUUUUGCAUUGUUUUCUGGAGGCAGGGCUGAGCUAAGGCCUCGGGGCCACUAGCUGCCGACCCUCCUUGACUGGAGUCGGCUGCCGCCCUGCUGCUUGACUCGGUUGGCCCUUUGUCCCAUUUGGCUUCUUCGAGGCGUGCGUGGUGUUGACUCUCGCUACGGAUCCGCUUGCGAAAGGAAGCCUAAUCAAGGCGGGCGUGGCUUCUCCCUCCCAGGCUAUAUGGAUGUCCUUGCGUUAAGGGCAAACAAAACCCGGGCCAUAAAUUCCAAAGGUGAUAAAGAUCAGGAAGCUGAAAAAAUAUUCAUAGCUGGGUUUGUCCACCCAACCCUGCCUUUGCAGGUAUGUAGACAAAAGGUUGACCGUUAAAAUGGAGGUAUACUUUUUGCUGUUGCCAGUUUUUGCCACUUUGGCGUGAAGCUUUUAAAAAACUUUUAUUUUUUAUCAUCUUGAUUUGAAACUACCCUCUUUCCUUAUUUAUCAGGUGAUUUUGGAUGGUUAGAUUCCCUUUCAGUUGUAUAUUUUCUGUUCUGUAUAGCUCUCCUUUAAGUUGUACAUUUUCUGUUAAUAAAGAGGAUUCGUUCUGUGAGGUUUUUCUUUUUCUUUUUGUUAAGUUCUGCCUUCCUGUCAGAUUUUUUUUCCUUUUGCUGUUUCUUGCAGAGUGAAGUUUAAGUGAAGUAAAUGGGCAGCCUCUUUUCAUGUCGUCGUCUGUGUUUGUACAUGUUUUCAGUGAUAUCUAUUAAACAAAGUCGGAACCGUUUUUGCCAAAGGGAGUGUGUGUGAGCAAGCCCAGAACUCAUUAAACACACUUUACUCUUACUCCCUGCACCCCAACGGUUUAAUUUUAGAGGAGCCGGUUCCUUUGAUUUGAGCAUGAAUUGCUUCUUUGGCCAGGACUCGUGCAAGGACUCAUGGGCAAGCUCCAGAACAGUCAUUCAGGCAGAGACACAAUGGAUAUCCUCCUUGGAGGGGCAGUUGGUCUCCCACAUCUUGGUGGAACUGCCUUGCCUUGAACGGAUGCUGAUUGGACUGAGCUCUAAGGGCAGAAUAGUGCGUCAUACAGAGAUGCGGUGGGCAGGCUCCUCAGAGGACAGGCAGCUUUUCUGCAACUCUGUUGGAAAGAACUGAAUGAUGUAGUCACAUGCAAUCCAUAGUUGUGGUAGAAUUACUUGCCACUAAAAGGAGCCCACUAAGAAAGAAACAAGGCUGAGGCACUGGAUUCAUGCAGAGAGGCAGCAGACAUUUCCUCUGUGAAAGAAUUAUUUGACAUUCGUAGGAGCCUUUACAUUUAUCUCUUGUGCCUGAAAGCCUGGAGAGCCCCUGCCAGUCAGUGCAGGUAGUACUGAGCUAGAGGGACCGAUUGGUCUGACUCUGUAUAAGGCAGUUUCUUGUUUAAAUCCGCUCUUUAUUUCGAACCAUGAGGACUAGACUCUUAGUUUGUUUUUUAGGGGAUGGGCUGUAUAUAAUGCAGCACCCUACGAUCUACCAUUUGGGAAUUCCCAAUCUUGCCAGCAUGGAAUGGUGGAAGCUGGAUCUUGUGCACACAUGAUUAAAAAAAUACAGCUUUAUUU